CGCAGCGUGUCAGUCAGCAGCGCACAGUCACGCAUAGUUGAUGGUCUCGUCUCGAUCGCGACGUUUACGACGAAGCAGACGAACAAGAGAGAAAGAGGGAGAAAAAAGAGACAGAAGCCGAGCCGAGCUGAGCGGAGCUGAGCUGAGUAGAGCGAAGCGGAGUUACGAUAAGAUGGCGUCGUUGCGCACGUCAGAUCAUGACGAGAAGCAGUGAGGGGCAGCGGCUAGGCAGGAAGAAGAGGAGAUAGAGAGGUACAAGCACAGUCAGGCAGGCACGACAGGGGACGAAGAGACAAGACGAGAGAGAGAGAGAGAGAGAGAGAGAGAGAUAUAGAUAGAUAGAGAGAGAGAGAGAGAGAGAGACGUAGUGUUCUCGAGCUCGGGUCGCCGUCGUGUAGUGUAUAUGUGUGUGCUGGCAUUUUCGCAGCGCUGAGUGCGUGCGUCGUGUUUCGUCAUGUACUCCUGGCGUAGUCAGCAGCACCGCUGUCGUAUCGCCGUAGUCAUCGUCAUCGAGCGCUCAGGGCGGCAGCCAGCAACACGCAGUGCGACGGUUCUUUCCGCCUGAUAUCGGCCAGUCCUUCUAUCUGGCUAACGGUGAGACCGACCAGGUAAAUCUCGCCUCCCUGUCAGCGUCCGAUGCCUUUGUUCGCCGCCGCCAGCACGAUACGGGCCGGGCGAUUCGUGUCGUCGCGACAACACGAAGACGAAGCGGAAGGCGAGGCCUUCGGGGAACGAGCGGUGCUGCGACGUCUCUCGCCGAUCGCAACGACAACAAGCACGAAGAGAAGGAAAAGGUGGACGAGGUUGACGACGGCGAGGAGGAGGAGGAGGACGACGUCGACGACGACGACGACGACAACGACGACGACGACGACGUCGGCGACGGCGAGGAGGAGGACGGAAGACGAACUGCUGAGGCUGCUGUUAGUGCUUAUAGCGACGAGUGUCAGCAAGAGAACGCGAUAAUCGCGUGUGGUCCAACGACCCGCCGUCUGCCUCCGCGAUUGUGCGUCCUGUGCGUGGCUGUGUGUCCCGUGCGUGUAAGUGCGUGCGUGUGCUCUCUCUCUCUCCCCCCUCACUUACUCACUCUCUCUCUCUCUUUCUCUCUCCGCACCCUGGUGUCCUGGACACGUCGCGGCGCAGGCGGCGUGGCGGAGUCGGCAACGACUACCACGGCGAUCACGGGGACGAGAAGGAGGAGGAGGAGGAGGAGGAGGACGACGACGACGACGACGACGACGACGACAACAACAACAACAACGACGACGACGACGACGACGACGGCCACGACGUCGCGACGGAGAUGCGCGAGUUCAAGGUAGUCGUCCUCGGCUCGGGCGGGGUGGGUAAGAGCGCACUCACCGUGCAAUUUGUCUCCGGGUGCUUCAUGGAGAAGUACGAUCCCACCAUCGAGGACUUCUAUCGCAAGGAGAUCGAGGUGGAUAACUCGCCGUGCGUGCUCGAAAUCCUCGACACCGCCGGCACUGAGCAGUUCGCUAGCAUGCGCGACCUUUACAUCAAGAACGGCCAAGGCUUCGUCGUGGUGUACAGCCUGACGAACCACCAGACCUUCCAGGACAUCAAGGCAAUGAAGGAGCUGAUCACGCGCGUCAAGGGCACUGAGCGGGUUCCGGUGCUGCUAGUGGCGAACAAGCUCGACCUUGAGCACCAGCGCGAGGUCGAUACCGCCGAGGGCAACGCUCUCGCCCAGCUGUGGGGCUGCCCGUUCGUCGAGGCUUCCGCCAAGAAUCGCACCAACGUCAACGAGAUGUUCGCGGAGAUUGUGCGCGAGAUGAACUUCAGCCCCGAGAAGGAGAAGAAGACCUAUUGCUGUUGCAGCGUCCUCUAAUACUUAAUCAAAAGUCUCGCCGCCGCCGGCCCUGCGGAACGAACUAUGUAAACUACAUGUACUCGAGGAGGAAGCGCGCCAGGUGACGCAGGAGACGCGCGUGUGUGUGUAUGCGUGUGCUGUGUACAAUCGUGCGCGCGAGACGUGUAUUCACCUCGCGCGCGUCCAGCCUCACCGGGGUUCUUCAGCUUCGCCAAGGACUGCCUCGAGCGACCUUGACGCGCGCACACCGCGCGAACCUCGCCAAGGCUGACUGCCUCGUCUCGGCUUUCGUGACGAAGGAGCAUGCGACGUGUGUCGACCGACGACGACGGGAGCUCUUCUUCAGGAUCGACUCUUUUUCUACGAAGAGAGAUAUCGCCGUCCGCGUGCCAGCGAGCGCGUGCGACGGCGGCGAUCGUU